UGUGGUGAUCUGCAGAGGAUAUAAGUACAUUUUACAAACGUUAGCUCAUACUUGGAAUCUACACACCAAGUCUGUUGCUUUUCUGUCUUUUCACCUUUCAUCUUUAGAGCUUUUGCAGACUGAAACAAGGUCAAUAUGGCUUUCAUGAGUGACUUACUUUCACAAAUUACUUACCUGGAAUAUCAGCAACCUUCUGCUCAUGGGCCAACUGUAAAGCCAUAUCCAAAUUUUAAUGCAAAUACUGAUGCUGCACUUCUGGACAAAGCAAUCAAAGUAAAAGGAGUGGAUGAGAAUACUAUUAUAGAAAUCAUGGCAAAAAGAAGCAAUACACAGCGCCAGCAAACCAAAGCAGCAUAUCAACAGGCUACAGGAAAACCAUUGGAUGCUGCCCUAAAAAGUGCCCUCUCUGGGCAUUUGGAAGAUGUGGUACUGGGUUUGUUGAAGACCCCAGCACAGUAUGAUGCUUAUUUGCUGAAACACUCCAUGAAGGGACUGGGGACAGACGAGGACACUCUGAUUGAGAUAUUGGCAUCUAGAACUAACAGGGAGAUACAGGAAAUCUGCAGUGUUUACAAGGAAGAGUAUAAAACCGAUUUGGAUAAGGACAUAACCUCAGAUACAUCUGGAGACUUUAGGACAGCUCUUCUUUCCCUGUCUAAGGGAAGCAGAACUGAAACUUUAUCUGUGGAUGAAGACCUAGCCGACAAAGAUGCAAGGGCUCUGUAUGAAGCUGGAGAGAAGAGAAAGGGUACUGACUGUUCUACCUUCAUCAAUAUUUUGACUUCCAGGAGUGGCCCACAGCUCUGCAAAACUUUUGAAAGAUACAAUAAAUACAGCAAAAAUGACAUGGCAAAGGCCAUUGAUUUGGAACUAAAAGGCGAUAUUGAAAGCCUUUUAAUUGCCUUAGUGAAGUGUGCUGGAAACAAGGCUUCUUUCUUUGCUGAAAAGUUAAACCAAUCAAUGAAGGGGUCUGGGACAAGAGACAAAAUUCUCAUCAGAAUUAUGAUUAGUCGCUCAGAGGUUGAUUUGGAGGACAUCAAAGUCGAAUACAGGAAGAAGUAUGGUAAAACCCUUUACCAGGAUAUUGCAGAUGACACCAAGGGAGAUUAUGAGAAGAUUCUUCUAACUCUGUGUGGAAGUGAUAGUUAAAUCCCAUACAAACGUUUUGUAACACCACUGCAGAAGCUGAAGUAACAUUUUAGCAUCUUUUUCUUAAAUGACUGUAUGUUUAUUACAAAACAUGUCUCUCAAUAUAAAAUUACUAUUUCUUUGUUUCUGGCCAGGAAGUAUGAUGUAGUACAAAUAAAUCAUAUUUGCUUUAUGUAAA